AUGAAGUCAUGGCAAAGUAGAGGUCCGAACAAUAUUGAUCCUGUUUUACGUAUGGACCCUACUGGAACUGGCGCAGCAUCAGCAGUGUUUAUGCGUGCUAAUUCAAAAAUACUUUUCUUAGGAUCGGUUAAUGGCGGAGUUUGGAGAACAAAUAAUUUUGAUUCGCGGGCACCACAUUACAUUCCAUUAACAGACAAGAAUUUAUGCCAAUCGGUUAGUACACUAGCUGGUUCAUUAGAAGAUCCAAAUUUUAUUGCUUACGGUUAG